AAGCAAUGCCACAACUUCAAGAAACUGCUGCAAACCACACAGCAGCGUCUCGAAGCUCAAUGCUUUCACUAAGGGACUUGCCCUGCUCGUCCCUCUGCGCGCGCCUCUGUCGCUCUUCCCCGAAAAUGGAAGAAUAGUUCACAUACCGGGUAUGUUUCCAUGAUAUAUUUGCUUAUCUAAAGUAAAUAUUUUUAGUAAGACUCAGUGCUUCAGCACGCCAGUCCAGCAAAGCCCAUAUUCUAGAUGUCGCUGAACAGAGCCCGAUGAUGCUUCCCAGCCCAGUAACGUCAACCCCGUUUUCUGUCAAGGACAUACUAAAGCUGGAGCAGCAAUCUCACCACCAACUGCAAGUACCCUUACCGGAUUUACAGCAGCAGCAACAGCGUUUCCACACUCCACCAUCUUGCCUGCUUGGAGGCGCAGAGAGCCCCGGAUUCUCAGAUAGUGAAGACAGGAUGGCUUUCCUCAACGCCCUCUCUGUACAGGACAACCUGGUGGAAAGCAGCCUUUCUCCGCCCAUGUUUGGCCAUCCCGCUCUGGGACACGUCGUAGACGCAAAGUUAGAGGAAGAUCUCGAAGAGCAGGAAACCAAGAGUUGUGGUGCUUUAGUGAGAUCCCCAGACUGUGAGCUGCCCUCAGACCCGGACAGAUCCCAGAGGCAGAGAGCCAGGCGGAAGCCGCGAGUUCUUUUCUCCCAGGCGCAAGUUUUCGAGCUAGAGCGGCGAUUCAAGCAGCAGCGAUAUCUCUCCGCUCCCGAGCGAGAACAUUUGGCGAACACUCUGAAACUCACGUCCACCCAGGUCAAAAUCUGGUUUCAGAAUAGAAGAUACAAAUGCAAGCGCCAACGUCAAGACAAAAGCCUGGAGAUGGCUGGUCAUCAUCAUCACCAUCCGCCGCCGCCUAGACGCGUGGCGGUACCGGUUUUAGUCCGUGAUGGCAAACCUUGUCUUUCUGGAUCACAGAAUUAUAACGCUACCUACGCUGUGGGCUCCAACCCGUACGGGUACAAUGGUUAUUCAAGCUAUAAUAAUGCCGCAUAUACAAACGCCUACAAUUGCUCAUAUCCUAGUUUGCCAACACUUCCAGCAAACACAGGCACCAACCCGUUAAUGUCCAUGACUUUGAAUAAUCUCGGGGCGCACACCCAGCCGCAGGCAUCACAAGGGACUUCCGUUUCAUCGUGCCAAGGACCUCUGCAGGGCAUCCGGGCAUGGUAGUGCCACAGCACCCACAUGCCUUCUGUACAGGCUUGAAUAAGACGCUUCACGCCAAUAGCAAUUAAUGACGUAUAUUGUAUUUUGACUUCAGCAGCACGCUACAGAUCAGCCAGGACUCUUUACAUCUGAGAAUGUAGUAUAAAGUAUGUAAUGACGCCCAACCUGUUGAUUGCAUGUAAAUGAAUUUUUUUUUUUUUAAUUUUUUUAUGCUGAAAAUAUUUUAAUUAAUAUGAAGUAUUAGUGUUUUUCUGGGUUGACAUCUCAUGGUAUUGCAAUAUUUCUAAACUUUGCGUAGGACCAAAUGUUAACUAAGACUUUGGACGCUGAGGACGUGUGUACAUACACAUCAUUAAAAAUUCCAAAAAAAAAAAGAAAGAAAAGAAAAAAGUUAUGGAGAAAAGAGUUGUGGUGUCGUCUGCAUUAAAUCAAGGACAUUGAUGCAAUGCCUCGAGUUUACGAUCAGACGUUUAUCUAUAGAGUCUCAAAUAAAAGACAAAAAAAAUCGAAUUCGAUAUAAUUAAUAAUGAUUCUGUUUAUACUGAGAAUAAUAUUGUAUACAGCGCAGUUCGUUUGGGUUUCUUUGUUAUUGCGUUAUGCAAAAUAAGUGUUAAAAUCCGCAGUUAAAUACGAAAUAAUUUGAUGCGCAUUAAAACAUAUUUAUGAAAUUAUGUUUAAAAACAUAAGAUGGAUGAAGUAAUACCAAGCUCCUUAACUGGGGUCAAUGUAUAAUGCUUUCCAUAGGCCUGCCUAAAAUGUUCAGUGAUUUUAAAGGAAAGAAAUAAACACGUUUCCUGCUUC